CAUUGUAAUGUUCAGUCAACGAGGUGGGGUCCUGAUGAAAAUGAAGAGCCCUCCCCGUAGGGUUUGCUGGAUUUUCCCGGCGAAAUAAAAGCGCGCACCUGGACACGGUGCUUGGGUACGAGCGAAGAGUCAAGGCAGCCGCGCACAGCCACCACCUCCAGACCACUUCAGCAACAAUGAUCGCCAACAGCAUCUCUAUUUUCUGCGUGUCUUCACUUCUACUUUUAAACUUGGUCGGUGCCAAACCAGUCACCAGUUUACAGCAGAGUCUUAAGCAGUUGUUAGAUGAAGAAGUGAACACGCCGUUUAUGGAGUCGGAGGAGUCGGUGAUGGAGCAGAAAGAUGCGAGAUCCGAGAAGAGCGCGCUGGACGAACAAAUGUGGGAUUCAGAUGCGCGCAACUCAGCGAUGGCUGGAAAAGAUAGCGCCAUCGAGCGUCUUCUAGGCGACUUACUGUCCACUUCCAAGCGCUCCUGGAGUCGAUUCAAGAAAGGCGGGCUGAGGAGCUGCUUUGGGGUCAGACUCGAAAGAAUCGGGUCUUUUAGCGGACUCGGGUGUUAAGCGGAGGUAUGCUAGGAUGUUAGGUCAUCUUGGCCAGAUAUGGAAAAUUGUUCAAACGCGUAUUAGAAAUAAAACAAGUCAUGUCUUAUUACUUCAUGUCAUGUCACUUCUUGCAGGUUGGGACUUUGAAAUACCUGACACACUUUAGACCGUAGAUUUGUGUUCAGGUGUUGCUGUAUGUGUUGGUCAUUAUUUAUUUAUUUAUUUACAUAGUUUGUAUUUGAAGAUUCCAUGACUGCUGCUUUGUACUGUUGCAUCUAUUUAUUUAUUUAUGUAUUUAUUUAUGUCCUCUAUAAAU